AUGGUGGCCCAGUACAUCAUGAAGUACGGCCUGAAAAAGGUGGAGAAGGACCCGAAUAAGCGGGCGAGGGUGGAGCCGCGCCACCCUCUGUCGCGGCACGGCGCCGCCGCCGCCGCCGCGGCCUUGCCCUGCCCCGGUGCAAGGUCCUCGUCGCACGUGCGGGCCGCGGCACCCGCCGCUAGCCCCGCCGCGUCGCCGGCGCCGUCCAGCUUCCCGGUGGCGUACGAGCCCGUCUCGCCGUGGUUCUGUCCCGACGGCUCGUGCUUUGGCACGGCCCCGCUGGCGCCGCCGUGGUCUGCCGCGGUGCCCGCGCCGGCGCCCGUGUCGGUGCCAGUGGCGGCCCCCGCGGCCGCGCCCGCGGGCUUCUCGGUCCUCGGCGGGCCGAAUUAA